AUGACUUCCUGCUUUUUUCUCAGCCUGAUCCUCAUCCUGAUCUUCAUCCUCAUCAACAUCAUCUGCCUCAUUGUCCAAGACUCCGCAGAGCCCAGCUCCAGCUCCUCCAAGAGGCGCAAGAAGUCUGCCGAGGCUUGCCCCACCAGCCGCAUCAGUGAGUGUGUUGCUCACAACGCUGCAAAGAUGAGCCUAGCGGGCUUCAUCGUGGUGAUUGGCAAUCACCGGGAGACAGAGAAAGCGACACCGAAAGAGAGAAGGGCACUUGCUUCCGCCGAGGACGCAUUCCUGUCGGACUCCAGCCAGAAGCAAACAGAGCCUAAGAAAGGGGAGCCUAGCGAGCUUCAUCGUGGUGAUUUCCAGUCGCCGGUUGUGGUGUCUCCUUCCGCCGAGGACGCAUUCGUGUCGGCGGUUUGUGUGGACUUGCAAAGCAAGUUGCUUGAGUUCCCAUGCCAGGACUCCGACCAGAAGCAGGCAGAGCUUGAAAAGCUCAAGACUUCCUCGGAGAGUUCUGCCAAGGAUGCAUUAGUGCUGGCGGUUUGUGUGGGGCAGCAAGGCAAGUUGCCCGACCCAGGAGACCCAGAAAGGGAGCCUUGUGAGGCCUCAGAAGCCGAGGAAGACGACACAGAGGUGUUCACAGAGCCCGACGAACAUGCCCGCCAGAUGAUGUUGCAACAAGCAUCACCUCUCGACAAGACAAUCUCCGCAACAGAGAGCCGGCAUGAAGAGUUGGCGCCACAGAUGCGAGGUGGCAAGCGAGUUGCUGGACAACGUCAGCAGAAGCAGUUCACUCUUGAGCGAAGCUUGCGAGGUGCUGAGUGCCGUCGGGAAUACCAGAUUCCCGCCGCGGCGUUCGAGCGACUCUUCAAAGACAUCGCUUCGCAGGUGACAUCUGACCUCGAAGAAGAUGUCGCUUGUGCAGCGGAGGCUUUGGCUUUGGAGGAAGGAGAGCGUGGCAAGAGGCGACGAGGGCGACCGUGCAAGAAGGAAAGUCUUGCUUUUACGGUGCCGCAGUUCCAAAAGAAGACGAUCCGCCUCGCGCACCACAUGUGCGAGGACUUCUUGCAAGGCAUGUUCUCGGACUCGCAUCGACUCAGCCAGCAUGCAAAGCGCUCAACGACGACACUGCGAGACUUGAGGCUGGCGGCUGAGCUGCGAGCAGGGGCGAUGCAGAAGCACAGCGAGGACAACGAGUUCCGUGUGAUGCAGUCGAUUCUGGCAGAGCGAAGGCGGCGAGUUCAUCCGCUGAAGGCACAGGGGGUGGACAGGGCGCAGGCCGUCUCAGCGCUGCAGCGGCUUUUUUUCGAGGCCCUGGCGGCCGGUGAGGAUGCAAACGGCGCGGCAGCCCUCGCUCUCCGGCGGCUCCUGGACUCGCAGGCCUCAGUGCCUGGUGAGGUGCCAGCCGCACGUUCCUUGCCUCUUCCACAGGUCGGGAUCAAUCCCAAGGCCUCCCGACGGCGUCCAGAGCCAGAAGGUUGCGCGGUGCGGGCAGUCGCAGUCGAGACCUGA